GACAGUUUGAACCGCGAACGGAGAGAGAGUGUGUGUGAGAGAGAGAGAGAGCGAGAGAAAGAGUGUGUGUGUGUAUGUGUGUAGACACGGGUUUGUCCGGUUACGGCACGCAGGCGAGUGUUUUACAGUCACUGUGUUCAGAUUCGGAGAGGGAAUUAAGGAAAAUACCGACGAAGAAGAGGAGGGGGGAAAAGAGAAGAAGAAGGUCGCGGCCGUUGGCGCUCAGUGAAACUUUAAGAUGGAAAAUUCAUCCAGCAACAGCCGGUUUCGGUCCGCAAUGUUCAACCACGAUGAUGAGGACCAAGACAAGGAGUACGUGGGUUUCGCAACGCUGCCAAACCAGGUGCACCGCAAGUCUGUCAAGAAAGGAUUUGACUUCACGCUCAUGGUAGCAGGUGAAUCUGGCCUGGGAAAGUCCACCCUGGUCAACAGUCUGUUUCUCACAGAUCUGUACAAAGAUAGGAAGCUGCUCAAUGCAGAAGAGAGAAUCACACAAACGGUAGAAAUCACCAAACACACGGUGGAUAUAGAGGAGAAAGGUGUCAAAUUGAAACUCACCAUUGUGGAUACCCCUGGGUUUGGGGACGCUGUGAACAACACUGAAUGCUGGAAGUCAGUGGCUGACUACAUUGACCAGCAGUUCGAGCAGUACUUCAGGGAUGAGAGUGGCCUCAAUCGCAAGAACAUCCAGGACAACCGCGUACACUGCUGCCUCUAUUUCAUCUCACCCUUCGGUCACGGCCUCCGACCUCUGGAUGUGGAAUUUAUGAAGGCUCUCCAUGAGAAAGUCAACAUUGUCCCAGUCUUGGCCAAAGCAGACACACUCACCCCUGGUGAAGUGAAGAAAAAGAAAAUUAAGAUCAGAGAGGAGAUUGAGCAGUACGGUAUAAAGAUAUACCAGUUCCCUGACUGCGACUCUGAUGAAGAUGAAGAUUUCAAGCAACAAGACCAUGAGCUGAAGGAAAGCAUCCCCUUUGCAGUAAUAGGCAGCAACACCGUGGUGGAGGCCAAAGGGAAGAGGGUGCGAGGCCGUCUGUACCCCUGGGGUAUUGUAGAAGUGGAAAACCCAGCACACUGUGAUUUCGUGAAGCUGAGGAACAUGCUCGUUCGCACGCACAUGCAAGAUCUCAAGGACGUGACCCGAGAGACUCACUACGAGAACUACAGAGCUCAGUGCAUCCAGAGCAUGACCCGCAUGGUCGUCAAGGAGCGCAACCGCAAUAAGCUAACCCGGGAGAGCGGCACAGACUUCCCCAUCCCAGUGGUGCCUGGAGUGGCCGAGACCGAGACGGAAAAGCUCAUCAGAGAGAAAGAUGAGGAGGUACGGCACGCCGACCACGAACUGGAGUCGCAUCACGACCACGAGCAUGACUCUGCCCACAAUUUUGAUCACCACGAGCACUCAGACCCUCAGCCCAGCCCAGAGAGGCACUCAGAUCACAAAGGCGAUGAAGCUCUCUGAGUAUCUUUAGCUCACAGAUGAUGUCAUUACCCAAAAACUUUUUUUUUAAGUGCAGUCAGAUCACGUUUUGUGAAACUCACAAGAAAACAGUCUCAUAAACAGGAACUGGUUUAAUUAUAGAGUAAACCUGUAGCCUUUUGGAGCUUUAAACUGUGAUUAGGAAAAGCGGUUGCCACUUACACUCUCUGGAAGCACCAGGAUGUUUAUAACCACGCCAUCAUCCAGAGUUUCAGGAUGAACCUUCUCAGGAUUAAAGAAAGAAAAGCUGAAUGUAACAUGUGUUCCUGCACCUGAGCUCAUAACAUCUGUGCAUGGCAGGUCAGAGAAGGUGGGAAGGAUAAUGAUGGGAAAGUGUUAAGACUGACAGAAAAAAACCUGGUGUUAGUGGGUAUUUAAAGUGCUACAUACUGUGCAAUACUGUGAUGCUUAGUGGAAGUAAAGUAGCAUAAAAAAGUAGGGAAAUUUGUGUUUGGUUGAUUACUUCUUUGUUGUAACAAUGCUUCCAGGCAAUAAACCUUGUAUUCUUAUAUCUUAUGCAUUUGUCAGUCAAGCAGCAGAGUUGAGCCCAUGAAAAACUUGACGAAUCUUCCCUGCCAAUGCCAAACAUCUAUGAUAUUGACUCUAGUUUGGUGUAAUUUAAUGGAUUAGAUUAUUUAAGUCUGAAGAAACAAAACAUACUGGUAAUUUAAUUGUUUAAUACAACCCCAACGACCUGGCACCCUCCUCCUCAUGCUAGUCUCCAGUUUGGUCACACACUACUUUGGGAUGGCAUCCUGUUCUUCAAUCAGCAUUUGUCCCAAAUCAGCCAAUGUUAUGUUGGUCAUUAUGGCCCAAGCUGAUCCCGCAAGCAUGCCACUUACAGGUUUUUGGGAUCAGGGGUAAGGUCAGGACGGCAGGUGAGCCAUUUCAUCCUCUCCACUCCCAAAAUCUGGAGGUAGUCUCUGAUAAACCCUUCUCUGUGGGGGUGGGGGGAUUGUCAUCUUAGAGAAUAGAGUUCAGUCUCAGACUGUAGAGAGAUGGCCAUUGGCUGCAAAAUCCCAUCUCGAAAUCUCUCUGCAUCGACCUUGCCUGCAGUGAUGACAAGCCUUGUUUUUCCUGUGAGGGAGAUGCCAACAGCAAAUGCUGUUACCCUCUCAGAGCAACAAUCUGGACAUAACGGUCCUCCACAUGUUUAGGUCCCACCGCACAUGUUGCAGACACUGGUGCAAAGGGGCCUGAUGGUGAAGGGCAGUCAUGGUGUCAGAAGCUCAAAACAAGAGCAAUAGCAGAAUUAAUCAUCUCUGUGGUAGAGAAUGUUUUUAAUGCACAUAACCCACAUGC